AUGUCGCCGUCUCUCUGGUUAUCGUCAGCUGUCCUACAGGCACCAAAGUUGCUCCGUGCGAUCCUUGUGACUAUUAUUAUAGACUCUGUUGUUCUCCAUGCCCCCACCACCAUCCUGCUCUACGGGUCGUUGUCAUCCAACCUAUCCCAACCAAACCAGUUUGCUGAUGGAUAUAACGUGAUGGAACGGAUCCAGCUUGUAGGCUUUUGUCUCCAGGAAUCACUUAUCUCUAGCGUUUACAUGUGGCAAGCGGUAAGGCUGCUACGCCUUCGCCCAGACAGAUUGCACUAUACAAUCCUUAUUCAACUGCUUGUUAUCAACAUUAUUAUCCUUAUUCUAGACGUGGCCGUUGUUGGGAUCGAGUUUGCCGGGUUCUACACUCUCCAAGUCAUGUUCAAACCAGUCACAUACAGCAUCAAGUUUAAAUUAGAGUAUGCUAUUUUGGGCAAAUUAAUCCAAAUUGCCAAGGGUUCAGCAUACAACCCGGGGGCUUUGUCACCCAAUUCGCAGGGAGGUGACUUCGCUUGA